UGAUGCGGUCUAAAAAUUCGUGAGGAAGGAAGUGAGUGGCUGGUGUCAGGUCUAUCUCCCACCCCCCUCCACAACCCCCUCUUAUAAAUAGGUAUAACAAUAGGGGCACGAAGCUAGUGCACGAUUUUCUUGCAGUAUUGUGAAGUGUCCCGAUCCAGCGACAACAAAUUUCGAGAUGAGGAACCUGCAGACGCUUUUCAUGUUCGGGCUCAUGGUGAUGGGGCUGUGCGCCGUGAGCUGGGCCCAGGAGAGCGCUGCCGCAGCAGCACCGCCACCCCCGCCGGGGCCGCCGCCCCCCGAAUCCCCAAAUUCGGAUCCGGAGCAGAACUCGCUCGAUAAAGACAUCUCCGUUCUACCAUCUUUCCCCACAAAUGGUCUUUCAUUACUGCCAGAAGGAGUGACUCCCACGGCAGCGGUGAUCGGAGUAGUUGCCUUGGCUGCGCUCCUCGCAGCGAGCUGGCCGGCAACUGGAAUGCGGAUGUGCAGUCUCCUAGGAACUUGUCAAGAUUACAACCUCCCGACCGUUGGAACGGCCUACAACAACGACGCUUAUUCCUACAGCAACCCUCCUCCGUACACCCCCACAACCUACCAAAAGAGGUCGGUGAGCUACGUGGAGCCGAUCCUGAGACUGCUGAGCUCAGCCUAUUUGCAGUACGGGGACACGCGCGCGGCCAAGGCGGUGACGUCAUCAGGAGCCCGGCGACAGAGGAGACGCCGCUAACCGCCGACUAAGCCAACCUCCGCCCGGGCCCUAUGCAAUCUGCACAUCUCCUUAUCUCCUCCUUCUGCAUCACCAGCGUCGUCUCACUCAAAGCGCCUCCGGCCGUGUCAACAGACGCCCAACUUAGAUCUCAACUUUUGAUUAGCCCGUCAAGAACCAAGUGUAAUCCUGAGCCCGCCUUAUCUAAUUCCGGGAAAGUUCCCCCGCUCCGCAGCGGAAGUUGAGCCGGCGCAACCACAAUAUUUAGUCAUGCACGCUCCAGCCUCGAUAAUCAGACACCGGCUACGGACAAGCUCGAGAUGGGAUUAAUAAAUAGAAAUGUCACCCGUCGAAGAGACGCGCACCGGGAAAAAUUAGAUGCAUUGCAAAGAAGAAAACCGUUUCCUUGAUUCUACCUCCUUCUGCCAGGGGGAAAACUCCCCGCUCCCCCGAAACCACUUUUCAAGGGUCAUUCUUAAAAUAUGUAACGCUGAAUUUCGGAUUUUUUUACCUCCUUCCCUCCCCUUGCACUGGAGAAAAGACUCUUAGAUCCAGAGCCCAGACUCUUAAAAAAUUUGACCUGAAAAAGUACUCUUGAUUCAAUGGGAUUUUUGCUUGAAUCAAAAAGAAAUCCGCUUGAAUUAAGAGGCUCGGCUCUCGAUUCAAGCGAAAAUCCGAUUGAAUCAAGAGUAUUUUUUCUUGACAAAUUUUUUAAAACUUUCUGGACUCUAGAUUAAAGAGACUUUUUUCCAAAUGUGUAAUGGUUUUGUGAUUAAGUAUUUAAUUUUGCCUUUGGAGUGCGUACCUGAUAUUGAGUUUUACUCCAAGUGAAUUUCAAGGCUCAUUGCUCAGUGCCUCGUGGAUCUUCAGUAGUAUAAAAUACGCGAUGUUUUUCGUAAGUCGUCGCAAUUCCGCGAACUUGUCUUAAACUUUUAAAAUCUUUGAAAACGAAUAUAUUCUACAAGGCAGUUAUUACCCGAAACUUAUGCUUUGAAUCAGCUUGCUUCAUAUUUGAUUCGUGCUUUGAGUACAAAACAAGCCGAUUCAGCGCGCAAGAUGCGGGUAGUAACUGUCCUGUGUAACAUGUUCGUUUUUCAACAAUUUUAAAAAUUUAAGACAAGUGUUUUAUUUCAUUUCAAUAUCAAUUCAUUUUUGGGGUAUAUUGGACCCUUAGUUUGUACGAGACACAAAACAUACCGGUAAUGAAAUGCAGUGUAUGGCUUGAAAACUAGUAACCAAGCUCUCUUAUUGUAAAUAGCUUUACCUAUAUGAAAAACAAUUGAGUUUUGUAUUUUAUUUGAAUAUAAAUGUUUUGAAUCUCAA